AAGUUACAUGGGUUGGGCAUAUAUAAGCAGAGGUUUUGUUUCAUUCUCUUAGUUGCAUCUACUUAUAGUGGGAUUACUCAAGUGUCUGGAAUCCUGCACAGGGUCUGAGAUGGCAGGAGAAAGUUGUGAGAUCAGUAGUAUCUUUAACAAUUAUAUUACAACAUUAUAUCCACCUGUCCAAGCUCAUGCUGUGUCAAGUGCAGCUUUCACAAAUGAAGACAAUGAGAAGUUACUUACGUUUACUAUACCAGGAACCAAUAGUGAUCUUACAGCAGAGUUAUGGGCCCAGGAUUUGCCACACAUGUGGACACAGCAGCAUGUAUUGAACUGGAUUAGUUAUAAUGUAGAGAGAAACAAGUGGGAUGCCAGAACAAUAGAUUUAACCCAAUGUGAAAUGGAUGGGCAACGUCUAUGUCAACUGAGCAGGGAAGAAAUGACGACAAUGUUUGGUGGUCUUGGGGAUAAACUUUAUGACCAUUUGUGCAAGCUAAAAGAUUCUCCUUCAUCGUUAAAUUCAUGUGACUCUAGUGAUUACGAAUUAAAGUUCCAUCUUUCAGAUGAAUGCCCUUCUGAAUGGGACCUGAUAUAUGACUUUAUUAAAAAUGAAGACAAUGUGCAGUUUGGAGGCAAGAAAGAAACAGACUUUGAAUUUUGUGAAGAGAAAACAACAUAUACUGGUUAUUACUCUGAUCCGAUCUCACCUGCCAGCUCAGAGUCCUGUGGAUCUGAAUCGUAUAGCUCACAAGCUGGAUAUUCUGCAGGAAGUGACCUUGACAUGGAGGUUAAAAUAUCUUUGGGAAGAGAUAAUCUACCAAAUUAUACCAACAGUAAUGGAGCUCCAAAUAAAAGAAGGAGGGGCAGACCCCGAAAAAUUAAUGCUGAUAGUACAGAUAUCUUAGAUACUAAGAAAAAUAAGCACUCUGCACGAGGUACACACCUUUGGGAGUUUAUUCGAGAUAUAUUACUGCACCCUGAUUUAAAUGAAGGUCUUUUAAAAUGGGAGGACCGAUCUGAAGGUGUCUUCAAGUUUCUUCGAUCAGAGGCAGUUGCCCAACUUUGGGGACAGAAAAAAAAAAAUUCCAGUAUGACGUACGAAAAGCUUAGCCGAGCUAUGAGAUAUUACUACAAGCGAGAAAUUCUUGAGCGCGUUGAUGGUCGCAGAUUAGUUUAUAAAUUUGGCAAAAACUCUAGUGGUUGGCGGCUAGGAGACAAAGGAUCCUUUGGAUGUUAGGAGCAGAAUGCCAUAGACUAUGUGGAUAACUGUCCACUGUGCAUAUGUUUGUCAGAAUCCAGCCUUGUUUGCAAGGACAUUUUAGUAGCAUCAUUAUUACGGUGCCAAUUACUUAAAGAGCAUCUGUCACCAUGAUCAACCCUAUUAACCCAGGCCUGCUGCCUGGUAGGGUUGAUUAUGGUGAAGUAAAUUAACCUUCUAUUGCACCUAUCUCUUGUACCAUUACAGCAUAAUUAUUACUUCUAUUCUUAUGCAAAUUCGGUGCUCAGAGCAACGAAGGGCUAGCCUCUUCUUAUCCCAUCUGUCCACUCCCCCUCAUGGCCUGAUUGACAGGGUCAGACAUCCUAACUGUUUGAAUGCCUGGCCCUGAAAUAUCUGGCUUGUACUGGUUGAUUUCUGGAGGCUCUCCCUGCUUAGAUCUGAACUGUACUAGCACCGAUGAUGUCGGUCUCCUCCCGGAAAAGAAAAUGCUCAGCUUCACAGAUAUAGAAGGAUGCCUGGUGCUGUCAAUCAGACCAUGAGGAAGAAUGGUGACCGGGGAAAGGAGGAGGUGAAGCAGGACUCUGAAGGACUAGGCCAGUCCCUUGGUACUUUGAGCACUUAAUUUGCAUAAGAAUAAUUUCCUUUACCAUGAUCAACUCUAUCUGGCAGCGUGCCUAGUUUAAUGGGCUUGAUCAUGGUGACAGAUGCUCUUUAAGCUGAUAUUUUAGCUUCAGUAGGUUGUUGUAAACCAUUGUACUUUGAUAUUUCAUAUACUGUAUUUUGUUUAUUUUGUUUGGUUGUAGUAAUUUCAGUAAUAGUAAGAAAUCAAGCUGAUGCGAUAAGUUUCAGAACAAACACAAAGAAGAUGGGGAAUGCAUAUACUGUACAUGUAUAUAUAAUGUAGUUAUUAGCGUUACUAUUUUUAUGCACACAUCUGUAUAGUUCCCUUCUCUAAACACAGAGAUUACCUGUUUACAACAACUAAUUUCUUUAUACGGUACAUAUACUUAAAGGAGUUGAAGAGUUAAAUAAAUAAAAAAGUGUACAUGUACAAAAAUAACAAAAUAAACCAUACUUGCUCUUUUUCUCCCCUGGUGCUUUGAGUGCUGCGUUCCAGUACUGCGCUGCCACGGUUUGUUUUCCUGGUUGCACUGGUGAUGGCACAUGUACAUAGGUUAACAUGUUGCCACUCAUUGACCGCUGCAGUGAUGUCACUUAUACUGCUGAGGCCAGUGCUUGGCUGCACCGUGACCUGUGUGCACAGUUGCAGUCAGGAAAAGAUGUCAGAGGUGGGAAAGACUGGAAAAUAGCACUGAAAACAGCAGCAGAGAAGAGGAGUUAGUAAGGAUUCUUUUGUUAUUUUAGCACAUGUAAAGGGGCUGCCUGAGUUUAUAGUUAACAACCCCUUUAGACUUACAUACACUGUAACCUAUGAACAAAUUGUAUACAUUAUUUUAGUCAAUAUUUCCAAUUUCUGUAAAUGUUGUAUUCAAGCAGAGUGUGUGAGUGUGUGAGUGUGUGAGUGUGUGAGUGUGUGAGUGUGUGAGUGUGUGAGUGUGUGAGGGGGGGGUUGGGUGCUGGGAAGUUUACCAUGAGGGUAAGAUUUGAAGUCCCUUUUCCAUAAAGGUGUAUUCCCAUCUAGGACAUUGAUAGCAUAUUGCCUCCAUUCACUGAAAUGGGAGUUUCGAAAAUAGUCAAGUGCUCUACCUCACUUUGGGAGCUACUUUCUGCAGAUAAGAGUGGAUCCAAAAGGUGUCCCACACCUAUCUGACAUAGAUGGAAUAUCCUACCAAUAUGCAAUGUCCUGCAUUGAUGUACUUUGCACAAAAUUUAUCAAACAGCACAUGGUUAAAUUGGUAUAUCAUUAUACAUAACACUUUUGUUUAGAAAUGCUACUCCAAUUUUUCUACAUUAUCCCCCUACUGGAGUGAUAAAUCUGCAGUGAAACUCAUUAGCACAGCUAACAACACACACUUUAACUUCCAUCUUUGCCCAAAAAAUUGCAAAUCUAAUUUUGCGACUUAAAACAUUUAAGGUACUUUCACACUAGCGUUUUCCUUUUCCGGUAUUGAGUUCCGUAACAGGGGCUCAAUACCGUAAAAA